AUGCCGUCCGCGAAACCCUUCGCGACCGCCGCCGGUAUGCUACGAACCCGUCUUAGUUCGGGCCUCCGAACAAGAGGAAGUCACGGCCCGAACCCGUUUACUACUGCGGGUCACCAAGAUCGGCCCAACGGAUACCUAUUCAAUCGGGUCCCACCACUACCUGGACAAUCCCGGAAAUGGGAGGAUUGGGAACUCCCUUGCUACAUCACCAGCUUUUUCACUAUCGUCAUCCUCGGUGUGGGCCUCAACGCUAAGCCCGAUCUCACACUUGAAACUUGGGCCCAUCAAGAAGCCCUAAAACGCCUCGAACUUGAAUCAUCUUCUGCUCAAAUCCAAUCCAUUGAUGAAUGA